AUGUCUACCGCUCCCGAACCCCAGAUUCAAGACCUUCUCAACAAGCCGAAGAGCGAGCUCACGGAAUAUGAGGUCGCUCGUGUCGAGGAGCAUGAGCUCACCGCCGGUCCCCUGUCUCUCCUACAGACCGCCACGCGCACUCACACCCAGGUCCUGAUCUCCUGCCGAAACAACCGCAAGCUGUUGGCCCGUGUCAAGGCUUUCGACCGACACUGCAAUAUGGUUCUCGAGAAUGUCAAGGAGAUGUGGACCGAGAAGCCCAAGGGUGCCAAGGGCAAGGGCGUGAACAAGGACCGUUUCAUCAGCAAGAUGUUCCUUCGCGGUGACUCUGUUAUCCUUAUCCUGCUCAGCUGA